AUGCAGGAAAGUAGCCAACCCGUUCAUGACAAGUUCAGACGCUCCCAAUGCUGUGAGCAACUGAUCACGAUUUUAGGGCGCACCCCACGUGAUAGGGGCGAGUUGGUAUCGGCGGAGGGCCAUCAACCUGACAAGUCACCUAGUAGUGGAAGCCCUCGCACUCCUCUGGCCUUGUCGGACAAGCCGGUCCAACCGCGUAGUGGUGCUCAGCCCUCGAAGAGAGUCUAUAGGGAAUAUUCUGUUAACAGUCCUCGCAGUAGCAUAAUGAGCAGCACCGACGAGUCGUCGUACAGCGACACUUCCAGUGAUGGACCGAGCACUGUGACCUUGGUGAAGGCAGCAGUCGUCCUUCUGAGGUUGAAAGGCCGGUAUUACCUAGCGGACGCGAGCUACAUGAACAUGCUAGGAUACAUGACUCCCUUCAGAAACACAAGGUAUCAUAUCAACGAUUUUAGGGGCGUAGAGUUGCAGCAGUUGCAGCGGGAGGAAAAAUUCAACUACAUUCAUGCGAAGUUACGAAAUGUCAUUGAAAGGAGAUUUGGGGUCUUGAAAGAACAUUGGCAAAUUCUGAAUGGGGUGCCGUACUGCAAGAGGAUGAAGCAGUCUAUGAUAAUCAUUUCAUGCUUUGCUUUAGAAAAUUACUUGUGGAUGCUUAAGUAUGGAGCUGAUCCACCAUCGUAUGAGGUGCCAGAGAGGGUUGAGCUAAAUCGGGGAACCCCAAUCACUGGAGUUAGGGAGUUAAUAUCUAUGGUUGUGUGGAGUGGUAUCCAAUUUAGGACAGUUGAGUUUGUUUUCAACAUUGACCAAGGUCUGCCUGUUCUUCCUGAGUGGCUUAGCUUCAACAGAGUGACAGCAUGUUUGAGACAGGGAUAUGAAAUUGGUCCUGCUAGGCUUCUUGUAAGUGCUUCUGGAGGUCACAUGGAGACAAAAAUUCAACCUCAUGAAGCAUUUGCAAUUGGUGGGAGAAAUAGUAAUGUCAUAUUGGCAACAAGGGUGUACAUGAUGCUGUCACCAGGAACAAAUGGACUCUAA